GGUCGUUAUUUCUGAAGAACAGGAAGUAAGAAAUUCCCUUUUCCGCUUUAACCCGGCGCUUAACAGCACGCGCAUGGAGUAUUGAUAUAACUUCUCUGGGCUAAUAAAAGGAUCUUUAUCAAGAAGAUACAGAGUGACCAAGAUUAGUGAACAUGAAACCCAUCCUUCUGCAGGGCCAUGAAAGGUCCAUCACUCAGAUCAAAUACAACAGAGAGGGUGACCUGCUGUUCUCCGUGGCCAAGGACCAGUUUGUCAACGUGUGGUACUCCGUCAACGGGGAGCGGCUCGGCACUUACAACGGCCACACCGGAGCUGUGUGGUGUGUGGAUGUCGACUGGGACACAAAGCACGUGUUGACUGGAUCUGCUGAUAACAGCUGCAGACUCUGGGACUGUGAGACGGGUAAACAGCUCGCCGUGCUCGAUACCAACUCAGCAGUGAGGACGUGUGGCUUCGACUUCACCGGGAACAUCAUCAUGUUCUCCACGGACAAACAGAUGGGCUACCAGUGCUACCUGAACUUCUUUGACCUGCGAGACCCCCAACAGAUCGAGGACAACCAGUCGUAUCUGUCAGUGCCAUGCAGCGAGUCAAAGAUCACGAGUGCGGUGUGGGGGCCGCUGGGAGAGUUUGUGAUCGCAGGACACGAAAAUGGAGAAAUCAACCAGUUUAGCGCCAAGUCUGGGGAUAUCCUGACUACUGUGAAGGAGCACACUAAGCAAAUCAACGACAUCCAGACGUCUGUAGACCUCACAAUGGUCAUCACAGCCUCUAAAGACUGCGCUGCUAAGCUGUUUGAUUCGACCUCGCUAGAACACAUUAAAACCUUCAAGACCGAGCGACCCGUGAACUCUGCUGCCAUCUCGCCCAUCAUGGACCACGUGGUCAUGGGAGGAGGUCAGGAAGCCAUGGAGGUCACAACCACUUCCACUAGGAUUGGCAAAUUUGAAGCCAGGUUUUUCCACGCAGCCUAUGAAGAGGAGUUUGGAAGAGUGAAGGGUCACUUCGGCCCCAUCAACUGUGUAGCAUUCCACCCAGAUGGCAAAAGUUACAGCAGCGGAGGUGAGGACGGCUACGUCAGAAUUCACUACUUCGAUCCUCAGUACUUUGACUUUGAGCUCGAGGCCUAAAAUCAGAAAUCAUUCCUGUUUUAACAUCAGCUCAUCAGCCAGCAUCAUCAUGGGUUCAUCAGUCAGAGAUACAGCCUGUUUUUUACACUCAGUUUUAAAGACUGUGCAUAUGAUGGCUGGAAUGUUCCUGAGUAUUUAAUAAAUCAUAUUCUCAAUAAACUGUUUGACAUACAAAA